AACCCCAUUUUGUUGGAGGAUAAUUUGUCAGUCUAAACUCAAAAGUCGUCGAACUUUUUAUUCUUUUUCAAACUUAAGAGCUAACUUCAGUUGCAGCACAACUUUACCGUCGUUAAUGCUCAUGCUCUGCUUCAACAGAAAAAUUAAAUCUCCAUAAAGUAGGAAUCAGCAUUCUUUGAUCAAGGCAAGUAUGAUUAAUAUCUUAAUGCUUUAUCCUCUAUUGGAAGUACUUGCUCAUUAUGCCUUGAAAGCCGCCUCCGAAAAGGCAACCUUUGGAAGAAGAGAAAAGUAAUACCCAUCUCCUCCGUGAAAUUGAUCGAGUCACAACGUGGAAUUUAAGAAACUGAAGAAGAGAGAAGAGAACUGAACUUGGGAUGUCAUCUGACUCAUCUUCUGUGUGAUGUCUUUGGUUCAGAAAAAUGCAAAACUUGACCCGCAAGUCAAAUGGCUGUAAUAGGAAUAGGAUGGGUACUGAGGAGAGUUGUUGUUUGGUUGGGGCCCCAAAUGAUGAAAAAACAGAAACGGAAAAGAGCUUCAAACGAGUAAGCCCCAGGACAGGUGAGAGGAACAGGAGUUGGGCGACAUAAAAUUCUAUGGAGUCGGAGAGUGUAGAAAGAAAGAGAUGGGACAAGUGGUCCAACGCUUUUUGUAGGAAAACAAAACAUGAAAGGAUGUGAGACAAGUGGCUAAAUGGUUGUAGGCCGCAACAAUGUCGGGGUUGAGCAAGGCAAAUAGUGCCGCUAUUCAUAAACGUGAAAGAGUGAUAAGAGGAACUAAGAGAUGUGGCCCCUUUGGUUUCUAGACAACAAAAGGUGGUGGUGGUGGUGGUGUUUGGUAAGGCAAUGGGUGUUCAUCAGCAUUCAAAUUUGUGUUCCAUUUGCAAUUAUACUUGUGGGGAAGUAGCUCAACUUUAGGGAGGAGGAGCCCAAAGAAAAAGAAGUUCCAAUAUCAUAUAAAAUUUGACAAAGAUUUCAAGAGUAUGAGGACAAUUUUGUGCUCAAGAAAAUGCCAAAAACCAAUUAGCUAUUGUUUUUCUUUUCUUCUCGAAGUUAAAAGGGAGAUUUAAUCGAUAUUUCACCUACAAGUUAGGAGAAAAGGGGAGGAAUCUAAAUGUACCAAUCCAUGGCCAAGUGCAACUGUGAGGGUGGGGUAAUACUAAUGCUUUUCCGGUAGUACGUGGACCACCAAAGGUACGUGGUGGCAACCAAUCAAAGCCAUUUAUUGAGUCAGAAAAAUGAAAAACCUUUUUCAGACCUUUUCUGACACAACCCGUGUAGCUCAUUGGUUGAGAGUUGAGACCACCUAUCAUCUGUGGGGUGGUCCACUGAAAACGACCCAUGACAAACCUAUUGGUGGGCCUAGGGUAGGUCCCAACACGUGCCCCUAUCCCAUCCAUCGCUUGACUCUUUUGAUCCAUUCUCCGCCGUUGAUUCUCACAAUCCUUUAAACAAAUCCUAGGGUUUGAGGCUUGAUCCGUUUUCUUCUUUUGAUCCUCCCAUUUUAUUUAAUCUUGGUCCCUGGUUUUCUCUCUCUUUCUUUCCCUCUAUGGCAGUUCCAUGUAUAUUAGCCCUUAAAAUUCCUCUGACCCCUCUUCCUCUGUUUCAUCAAAACCAAAAACACGUAAUAAAGAGAAAAGAGGUCUUCAGUUUUCUCUAGAACCAAACAGUACUUUGGGUCUCUUUUUUGUGGAAUGGCGUCGUUGCAGGAACACGAGAUCGAUCAAGACGACGAAGUUGGAACCUCUGAUCUCAGCAGCAGUGCCGGAGAGCCUGAAGAGGAGAACAACGCCAACGAUAAUGGGAUGUCGAAGCCUUCGUCUUCCGAUCAAACGACGACGUUUCAGGCUUUGUCGAUGAAGGAAGAGCCGGUGGAUUCGGAACCAGAUGCGGAGCAGAAGCCACAGGCGCCAUCGAUUGGGGUGGUGCCGGUCAUGCAGAUGCAGAUGCCAAUGCCGAUUCCGAUGCCCAUGCCGGUAUCGUCGGGACGGCGUUCUUCUACAAAGGACCGCCACACCAAGGUGGAGGGUCGUGGUCGGAGAAUCCGGAUUCCGGCCACUUGUGCUGCCAGGAUCUUUCAGCUGACCCGGGAACUGGGUCACAAGUCUGAUGGUGAGACCGUGCGGUGGUUGCUCGAACACGCUGAGCAGGCUAUCAUCGAAGCUACAGGAACCGGCACUGUCCCUGCUAUUGCAGUUUCCGUCGGCGGAACCCUCAAGAUUCCUACUUCGUCGUCAUCGAACCCAGAAGGAGAGGCUCCAAAGAAAAGAAAGCGGCCGGCGAACAGUGAGUUUUAUGACGUAAACGAUGGUGUUUCAGUGUCGUCGGGUCUUGCCCCGGUCGGAGCCACCGCUGUGGCGGCAGCGGCCCCACAAGGACUCGUACCCAUAUGGGCCGUCGGAAACGCCGGAAUGAUGAUCCCACCCAACGCUGUCGCAGCUGGCACGUUCUGGAUGAUCCCACCGACCGCAACCCCCGUCGCGGGACCCCCAAACCAGCCACAACUCUGGACGAUUUCACCCUCAGUAAGCCCCGUUUUCAAUAUGUCUGCCCGACCCAUUUCUUCAUUCGUAUCAGCGACUCAGCCUGGAAUGAAUCAUCCGCCAGCUCUCGACGUCCGAGCUCCGCCGGUGCUCUGCAACAGUGCAACGACCUCAGCAACCACCAGCACCGCCGGAGCAAGAGCGGCGAAGAAGUCGACCAUGGCUCCGUGUGUAAGUUCAACAACAACUACAACGAAUACCAGUGCUACUAAACCCCAAAUGCUGAGAGACUUCUCUCUGGAAAUUUAUGAUAAAAAGGAGCUACAGUUCAUGGGUAGGUCCGGUAAUCAACAAACACAAUCUUCCAAGCCAUGAGGAGAAGACAGAGAAAAGGUUCCGAAGUGAAGGAGGGAAGCUGGGGUGAAGUAGAGAAUUCAUAAUUGAAGAAGAGAUAUGGGUUAUGACUUAUGAGGCCUUUUUCGGCUCGGGCAAGUACUGGAUAUUUUUUGAAAAGAAAACCAGAAAAAAGUGCUUUCUGGACAUUUUGGAAAGUUUUUGGUUAUUUGGGAAAAUUGGUGAGUACAAUGGGAGAAUUUUCCUAUCCAUAGGAAACUAUGGUGAGGGGCAACACCCCGGGUACAAGUACGUCAAAGCCAAAAGGUACCACCAGAUACAGCAGUUUGCCCUUUUGGGGUGAAAACUUUUUCCUAUUCGGGUGGAUUUUCUUGGAAAUUUAACCCAUUCAAACUCGGGUCACACCCAUAUGUGGAUUUGGGCUCUCAAGUAUUACCCCCACGUGACUUUGAGACUCCCACGUGUAAGUGGGCCGUAGUGGGCUGAGUUCGUUGUGGGGCGUGGGCCCAACUAUCAGAACAUAACCUACCCCAAGAAAUGCUCAAUGCCAAUCCCCAAUCCCGCAAUGCCACCCACGCGUUGUCACUUCAACGCCUCCUCUCCCUUGACUCCUUGAGGAGGCCGCAAAUGUGUUCCAGACUCUCUCCCAGCGCGUGGUGGGCGAGUGAAAUCAAAUGGUUGUCCAUCUAAUGUGGGCCUGGCCUAAGUUGGGAAGCUGUCAUGGGGUAGACAGGAUGUGGGCCCCAGUGGCCCCAACGGUUUCCCAUCUCUAUCUGGGUUGUGACUUGAGAAUAGGUGGGCCCGAUGUGCACUCAUUUUUUGUGGUCCAUUCUCUUAGGGGGUGGUUUGAUCGAGAAUGAAAGCAGCGAAGAUGGGGGCCCAGUACGUCACUAACCCAAUUUGAGCUGGUCCACAAUGUCCACCACCAUCCUUUGCCCUCAAUCUGAGGUGGGUGAAUCCUGACCGUAGGUUGACAGAUGUUAGGUAGUGAGAGUGACUGGGACGCUGAGUUGGUUUUAUUUAUUAAAUGGUGGGUGUAUAGCAUACCUUAUCAUGAUACAUUGAGAAACUAAAAGCCUUUAAAAUCUUAAACAUCUAUUCCGUAUUCAAUACAUGAAAUAACUUUUUGAAUUAA